AAUUGUAGUUAUGUUGGCUGGCUGCUACUACUAGGAAUUAAAGCAACUGAGCUAAAUUUGAGACAUCCUAUUUGAAAUUUUGCCUGGUUUACAUUUUGUUUUUCUAAUAAUUCGAAGCCAACGAACUGUAAUCCGAGUACAUAGAGGUUACCAGGGCACCAGGCAUGGUUCACCUGGAAAAGGCCUGAUCUUUGCUUUCCUUUCAUCAACUUCUCAGGGCACCAGGCAUGGCGAACCUGAAAAAAAUCUGGUCUUUCUAUUUCCUUUUAUAAACUGCUUAUUGCACCAGGCAUGUUGAACCUGAGAAAGAUCCGACCUUUCAUUUUACUUCAUAUACUCCUCAAUGCAAGUGAUCAAUCACAUGGCUACCUGUUGGUGGAUUGCCAUUGUUUUUAUAUGGGUGGGUAGUGUUGCGUGGGGUUUGAACUUGGAUCUUCUCGAUUGUGAAAAUUCAGACGAUGCAUAUCCCUCAGCCACAAAUGGCUUCGGCAUCUCAUAUCAAGAAGAUGAUGAAGUGAGUAUGCAAGAGAUUUUGAGGGCUGCAAAAAGACCAGAGAUCUUCAAUUGGCUUACAGGCAUACGCAGAAGGAUACACGAGAACCCUGAACUUGCAUAUCAAGAGUUCGAAACCAGUGCACUCAUACGAAGUGAGCUGGAUCAAUUGGGCAUAAAGUAUAGGUGGCCUCUUGCAGAAACAGGUGUGGUAGCCUCCAUAGGCUCUGGAGGUCCCCCUUUUGUGGGUAUCAGAGCUGAUAUGGAUGCUCUCCCUAUUCAGGAGGCAGUUGAGUGGGAGCACAAAAGCAAAAUUCCGGGAAAAAUGCAUGCCUGUGGGCACGAUGCACAUGUGACCAUGCUUCUGGGUGCUGCAAAGAUAUUACAGGAGCGAUGGCAGAUGUUGCAGGGAACUGUUGUCCUAAUCUUUCAACCAGCAGAGGAGGGACGUGGUGGUGCAAAAAGAAUGAUAGAAGAUGGGGCAUUAGAGAAUGUAGAAGCUAUGUUCGGAAUGCAUGUCGCCAGCCAUUAUCCAACUGGUGUUAUUGCUUCCAAGCCUGGGCCUUUAUUGGCAGGGUGUGGUUCCUUCAAGGCAGUCAUAACUGGAAAGGGAGGACAUUCAGGAAUUCCUCAACAUGCAAUUGAUCCUAUUCUGGCAGCUUCUGCUUCUAUUGUUAGUCUUCAGCAACUUAUUUCCCGGGAAGCUAACCCCUUGGACUCGCAGGUGGUAACAGUAGCUACAUUCGAUGGGGGUGAUGCCUUUAAUGUAAUUCCGGACUCAGUUACAAUUGGUGGCACAUUCCGUGCCAAUUCAAAUGAGAGUCUUUACAGACUCAAGCAGAGAAUAGAUGAAAUAAUUGUAGGUCAAUCCCUUGUCCACAGGUGCACCUCAAGUGUGGAUUUCUUAGAAAAAGAAUAUCCAUUUUAUCCACCUACUGUCAAUGACAGAAAUAUGUAUGAUCAUUGGCGUAAAGUUGCAGCUGAUUUAGUGGGUGCAGAUAAUCUGGAAGUCAUGGCCCCUCGCAUGGGUGCAGAAGACUUCUCUUUCUAUUCAGAGACUAUACCUGGAGCUUUCUUUUUCAUUGGAAUGAAAAAUGAGACAGUUGGAUCUACUCAUGCAGGGCACUCUCCAUUCUUUACUAUUGAUGAAAACGUUCUCCCACUUGGUGCUGCAAUGCAUGUUGCUAUAGCCGAAAGAUAUCUCAAUGACGUCAAAUCAAAGGUUGCUCGCUCUUUAGAACAGUCUUUUCCCAAUGAAAUUUGAGCACAAAUGGUGGUCAUAAUACUUUGGGUAUAUGGGAGUAUGGUGCUUCAAACACAGAUUCUACAUUGCACUGUAUUGAAUAUCAUGAAUUAUCCUCUUUCAUGAAAUCUUAUGGUGCCCAUAGACUAAGCAUUGCGAUCAAGAAUGGUGACAAUUUGAAUUCUUUAACACUAAUUCAUAGUGUACGCUAGAUUUUCACAGUUAAUAAGCAUGAUAGUAACAAGAAUGACAGUAAGAGCUUUUGGAACACAGUUUUCCUUA